ACCAGUGUAGGUUCACAAACACAACAGAUCAAAAAUGUCCAGAGUGAAAAGAAUCGCCAAAGAGCUAGAAGAAUGCAAGCAAGAUUCCCAUUCAGGUGUGAGCUUGAAGCUCAACAAUGAGACCGAUUUGACCCACUUAACGGGAGUUUUUAAAGGACCUCCAGGUACUCCUUAUGAGGGUGGUAACUUCCAAGUGGAUAUAAAUGUCCCCAGUGAAUAUCCUUUCAAACCUCCACAAAUGAAGUUCAUCACCAAGAUCUACCACCCCAAUAUAUCAUCUGUAACCGGUGCCAUUUGCUUGGACAUCUUGAAAGAUGCCUGGUCUCCAAUCUUGACGUUGAAAUCGUCUUUGAUUUCUUUGCAGUCAUUGUUACAGUCGCCGGAGCCCGAUGACCCUCAAGAUGCCGAGGUUGCCAAGCACUACUUGAGUGACAAGAAGGGAUUCAAUGAUACGGCAGCAUAUUGGACUAAGAUUUACGCCAGUGAUGUGGAUGCGGGUCAAGCAGAAUUGAGUGAUUCGGCCCUUUAUGGAAUUGACAACGACAUCGUUGUUCAAUUCGAGAACAUGGGGUUCCCCAGAGACAAGACCAUUGAGGUGCUUCGGAGAAUGGGGAUCAAGAACUUGAAUAGUGUUAGUAACAAGAGUGAAACAGAGAACAAGAUCUUGGAGGAGCUUUUGAAAGAAUGUCAGUAAUCGUGAUGCACUAGGAAUUUAUACGUGGUUCUAAUCCCUAUGUCCUUAUACUCUACGCUCAUGGAUGUCAUUGUUGUAGUUUCUAUAUAAUUAAGAAUACACAGUAUGAACUU